AUGAACGGACUUUUAAGUUCCGCAACUCAACAAAUGACUUCUUUCCAAAACCAGUUCUCGGGCGCUGGUCAUUUUGGACAAAUGUACACUCAACAGAGACCUUCAUUUGCUAUUCAAGAAAUUUUAGGACUUAAUACAUCUUGUCGGCAAAAUCCGAGUCCAGAAGUUGUAGAUCAUUCUCCGAUGCCGCCUUCCAGUUUUCCAGGAGUGUAUUUUCCUGGAUUUAAUGCCGGGGGCUUGCCUUCCGACCCAUCUGGAACGACUUUUCUCAGGGAACAACAACCAACAAAUCCUUCACCGUUUUGUCCGUGGAGGUUUGAUUUAUCUCAAAGUGCUCCUCAAAAUAUUCCCCAAUCCCGUUUCCCUUGUCACGUUACUAGACCAACAGAAGAUGUUAAUUUCAACUUUAAACAUAAUAAUUUAGAAGAAGUUCAGCGUCAGUCGUGCCUUCAAGCAGAGAAAUCUCGAGAAAUAUUAAAUAAUUGCAGCAAGAAACAGAAAAAACGGCGACGACAUAGGACAAUAUUUACCAGUUUUCAACUAGAAGAGUUAGAAAGGGCGUUUAAAGAUGCUCACUAUCCCGACCUGUAUGCUCGAGAACUUUUAGCUUUAAAAAUAGAUUUACCUGAAGACAGGAUACAGGUUUGGUUCCAGAAUCGUCGGGCCAAAUGGCGAAAAACGGAGAAAACUUGGGGUAAAAGUAGCAUAAUGGCGGAAUAUGGUUUAUAUGGUGCUAUGGUUCGCCAUGCUCUACCACUACCAGACGCCAUUGUUAAAAGUGCUGAUAAAGGAAUAGAACAAUCGAACGCACCCUGGUUGUUAGGUAUGCACAAAAAAUCAAUAGAAGCGGCUCAAAAGAUGAACGAAGUUGACGACGAUAGCGGUUCAUCCGACACAGACGAGAAACAGAAAAACAAAGAAGAACUGAAAUCAGAAAGUAUAGCAGCAUUACGUGCUAAAGCCCAAGAACAUAGUGCAAAAAUGGUUGGAGUGAUACAACGAGAUGGCGUUAAUAUCGCUGAGCGGAGUAAUACAUUAUCCAACAAAAUGAUCGAUCCCUAUCAACGAGAUGGCGUCACUUCCUGUUGACAAACGUCAUGUGAAGAGAUUCAUUCGCGAUUAAGACUUAUCCAGAAUUCACAAUAACUCUAGGCAUCGGCGGAUGUGAAUUUAAAUAUUGUGCUCUUAAUAUUGAAUGUUUGGUGCCUUUUUACCUCACUUAACUUUAUGAAAGGCGAUU